AAAUGAACAGCUAAAAGCCUCAAAAUGAAUUAGAAAUGAAUUAGAAAUGAAUAAAUCUCCAGAACCAAUUUCUUUAUCUUUUCAACCAACAAAAAUAGCCCCAAAAUGGGGAAAUUCUAAGUCAUUAACAUAUACAAAAAAAAAGAUUUUUAAAAACAAUUCAGAUGAAGAAGAGGAGAUAAUAGAAGAUGAAUUAUUAAGUGGAUUUGAUGACUCUGGCGCUUUAUCAUUAAAUCCUGAAAGAAGUUCUAAGAAAGAACCAUUAGUUAUACCGGCUCUUAAAAAUAGAGACUGGCGUCAAGAAGUUCUAAAAUACCGUGAAAAGAAGCUAUAUCUUGCUAACGAGGAGUAUUUACAAAAUGGAGGAGUUAUUUCCCAAGAAAAAGAUUUGAAAACAUAUGGUUUAACAUUUAUUGAUAAAGAAAAAGAGAAUCCAUCUGAAAAAAUAAGUCAAGAAGUAUCAAAUACAUCAACUUCAUGUCUUUUUAAUGCAAAAGAUACGGAGGAAGAAUGUGCUAUUAAAGCAUUAUUAGCAGAAGCAGAGGGGCAAAAAACAGAAUCAAAUCUUGUAUUACCUAUGACGUCUAAUACAGAUUGGAAAACAAAUGCUCGAAAUUUAACAGAAGAUGAACUAUAUAAACGAGAUAUUAUGUGUUUGCCAGAUCCGGCAACAUUGGAGGAUUAUGAAAAUAUUCCAGUUGAGGAAUUUGGUAAUGCUUUAUUACGAGGGAUGGGAUGGAAAGAAGGGGAAGGUAUUGGGAAAAAUAAACAGGAAACAAAAAUGCCUAAUAGGAUGGUUCGAAGAGCGCAGUUUUUAGGUAUUGGUGCAAAAGAAUAUGAUUCAAAAGAGCAGGAUGAAUUGGGAGCAUGGGGAAAAGGUAUUACAAAAAAACAAGCAGAUAAAACAUAUGUUCCUGUUUUGAAAAUAAAUAAAGCAACAGGGGAAAUAAUACAUGAGGAACCAACUAGAAAUAGAUCAAAAGAAACCUAUGAAAAAAAUACCACUUUUAAAGAAUCACAAGAGAAAUUUAAAAGUAUAUCAACAAAAAGAAGCAAUAAUUAUUCUUUUAAGGGAAACGAAUCAGGGAAUUCGUAUAAAGGGCGUACUGAGGAUUCAUAUCAUUCUAGUUACUCAAUCUCAAGGAAAAAUUCAGAUGAUUAUAGGCAUCAUCAUAGUGGUAGAGAUAAAAAUCAAUAUUAUAAUACUUAUAAGGAUAAACAUUAGUUUUUUUUACAUAUAUUAAUACCGAAAACAUAAAAAUCAUAUU